CAGCCGACAUCGUGAGAGAAAUACGAAAUGAGGCUAGUCUUUACUGGCCGAAUAAAUGCAAUUACCAAGCACUCCCCCUUAACACCUCUUCCAACAUUAUCAAAACUCGUCCUUACAUCGACGUAGUUCACAAUGCUCUCGCAUAUACCAUAAGAUGUCAAAUUACACCCGUUAGCGUCUCGGGCAGCAACAGUUGGGCUGAGUUAUCAAUUUUAUCAAUUAUCAAUUACCAGUGUUGUGAGUUAUCAAUUACUAUUUUUAUGUAAAAUGGGAAGAAUGGAGCUCCCAGUUUUGGACAAGUGUUGCUUUGUACUGGAUUUGAAGACGGGAUGUAUCGUCCUGGGUGUCGUGAAUUCUAUCCUAACGUUCGUGUUGGCGGUUAUCCUGAUAACGUUCGCGGUGGACUUGAAGGAGAUGUCGCUGGUCAAACGUGAGUUCAGCGACGAAGGCGGCGUGUACUCCGUGCUCUACGCCUUCGUCGUGGUGUUCGUCGUGGUGCUGUUCGUCAAGUUCCUGCUCGACCUGGUGUUCGUCUGGGCUGUAUAUAAGGAGAAGAGUGGCAUCAUAAAGAAGUACUGCAUCUUCUGGAUCGUGGUACUGGUCCUCCACGUGAUCUGCUUCCUCAAAUCUAUGCCGCACAUGGGCGCCGGACAUUUGAUUUCACAAACAUUCUUUAUAGCUGAAAACUUCUACUACAUUGCCGUGGUGCGAAGCUAUUUGAAGUCAAUCAACGAAGACGGGGUGUUGUAAACAUGUCACGGUCUCGGCUAUUUCUGUUUUACCGGGAAUUUGUAAUUUUUGAAACGAUGUUAGACAUUAAGGCUCGCUGCAUACGUAACGUGUUUUAUCUCGGGCGGGAUUGAUAUGACAUGUUAUAGGAUAGGCUAGACACUUUUUUUAAAUGGUCUUAAAUUUCUACUAGAUUGGAAUAAAAUUAUCAUAUUUUUUUGAGACGUGAAUACAAAAAAAAAAUAUUUUUUUGACAAUUAAAUUAAAUCAUUUAAAAAUAUUUUUUUAACUAUUCGAGCCAAAACGCUGUCAGCCAUGGUAGUCUAUAUCUUAUAGUUUCAUGACAUCACGUAAACACUAAACCUUGACCAAACGGUUUAGUUAUUGUCAAAAUUAAUUAGUCAUUAAUUAGUUUGAUGUUUAUUCCUUUAUUACAUCAAAUAAUCUUGUGACGUCACAAAAUAGACAACACCGUUUUUGUCGUUUGGAAAAUAUAUAAUUUUUAAAUUGAGUUUUCUAAGGAAUCCUUAACUUAUUAAUUAAUAUCGAUAUAUUUCGAACCCUAAUUCCGCGUAAGUACUAUACGAAAUUAAUAUUGUUUAUAUUAAAUUUGAUAUGAAUCUACUCUAUAAUUUUUUUUAUUAACUACUCUACAUUAUUUUUUUUUUAUGAAAUAUAUACGAAAGUGACAGUGUACACUUCACGCGAUGGACGGACGGACGGCGCGGCGACGGUACGUAAUGUUGUGAAAUCAGUAUAUCGUCGCCCCGUCCAUGUCCGUCCCGUUUCGUAUGCAGCGACCUUAAGUAGUCUGUAAACUCAUAACAAAAAUUCUAUGGAUGUAACGGUGAGUUUUUGAUACAUUUUAGAGUUUAAACUACUGUAAGUUGUUUCCUAUUAUUAUCUAUUACAAGAUCCGAAUUAGAGAAGUCCUAUACCCAUCCAUUCCAAUAAAGUAUUGCGAUUAAGUUGCUUUUACAAAUUGAAUUUCAAAAAAAUUAUUUACAUUCGGUAAGUGGGUGAAUAACAUUUCUUUUUCAUGACUAUGACUACUCUUUUUAUGAAAUUGAUAAAGUAAAUUUUUUGGAUUAUGCCCAACUAAUUUCGUCGGGCAUAUUUCGUGAUUCCAACAUAUUUAUACGGGUUUAUUUAUUUAGAUACUUCCGGUUUUGUUAGUGAGUUGUAUCCAAUUGCGUUAGUUUUUUCUCAAUUUGUAUUUUAGUUGCAAAGUAUUUAAUAGUUUUAUUGUAGCAGAAUUUUUUUAAUUUAUUAUUAUAUAUUGUAAAUAAAUUUAGUUUCAUAUUUGAAAGUUACUAAUACUAUAGCAAAGACUUUUACCACGAAGUAUUAUAGACAGCGAAUGUUCUCUAUUACAUGUUUUAGAUUGAGAAUUUCGAUUUUUUUUCGAUUUCGAUUUCGAAUUGAGAAUAACUACAACUGUUUUACACGUUUCCCUGUUCAAAGAUGAUGAUUAUAAUAUGCAAACCGCAUAAUUAUUUCUCACUCACUCGGUAUGACGAUAUACUACAGCUCGUGCAGAUUAACUUGACUCCUGGCCCGAAUGAUAUUUUUGCAGUUUGUUUGGUUGCGUGUCAAGUUAAUGCGCACGAGUAAUAAUGAUUUAAUUUCUAAAUAAAAAAAGGGUUUGUUUCUACCGAGUUAUUGAUCAAUAAAAGUGCAACUAAAUAUUACCUAUAAUCCAAUAAAAUGUAAGUAAAACACAAUUCCUUGGACCUCUUCCAGAAUAAUAAAUUUCUAAGUUAAGGCUCCUGAUGUUCUUUAUUUAUUGUAUUACAGAUUAUUGCAAAUGUAUUUUGAUCUAAUAUUUAUAUACCUACCUGUAUAACUUUCUGCGAUGAAUAUUUUUAUAGUUUUUUCUCUACAAACUUGGGUAAGAAUGUAAAUUAUUCUUAUUUUAUUUACUGUAUUGUUAUAAGGCCUAAUUUAUGAGAAAUCUUUUCCAUCGAAAUAUACCUAUAUAAUAAUAAUAAUUUUUAUACACAGUAUACUAAAUAAUAUUUUUUUAACAAUAAUGUAAUUUUGUCAUGUUUUGCACAGUAAAUGUAGCAGUAAGUUGAAGGGACCCUAAUUAUUUUCUACUUUGAAUGCCAUUGGAAAUGUUUCAUAGGUUUUUCAAAAACUAAAUUUGCCUCGUCGACAGGGUAGAAAUAAGUUUCAAAAUCACCACGAACUUUUAUUUAGCUAGAUGCCGCUUGUUCAAUGAAUAGAAACAAAUCCAGUCAUGUAUUUUUUUUUGGUAUAUGGAUGGCCUUGAUAAUGCCAUGCAUCAUUAUGAAUCAUCGAUUCUAUAAGUAAUAUAAAGAUUUUGUAAGUUUAUAAUUUACUUAUAAAAUCGAUUAUCAAAACAUUUCUUUUUAAUAGGCUUAGUACAAGCACUUUUGAAAAGUCAGGUAGGUAAUCAAAAGUAAAAGCGCAUCAAAUUUUAUUGAAGCUGGGCGUUAAAAAAUGGCGGCCACGCUGGUGAAGAUGACAUGCGGUAUCUAUCUUAAUAUUAAACCGUGGUUAUUGCCAAAAUUUUCAGAAACUAAGUAUUUUUAACGCAUUUUUUUGUAAUACAAAUUAAAAUCUUUAUAUGUAUAUUAUAGAUUUUUUUAUCAAUAUACUCUAACAAGAUAGUUGGUAUUAUCUUUAUAUCACUUAUAUUUUAAAUUUAUAUAAAUCUACAUUUCUAUUAUAAUCUGUAAUAAUAAUCUAUAAAUAUAUUUUAUAUUUUUACAUUAUUUAUAUGAUGUAUACUAAAUAUUUUUAUAAUUUAUACGAACUACAUUUUUAUAAAUACCACAGUCUAAUGAGAUUUCAUGACCUUGUUGCUUAAAAAUCUUUCACCGUCAUAUAUUUUAUGAUAAACUUUUAUAUAAAAUUGAAAUUUUGUUUUAUAAAGCAUACAUAUUUAAAUCAUGUAUCGUAAACGUUGUUUUAAGUUCGCCGUACGUAAUAUGUUUGUUUCAGACGAGAAGGGACGACAAAAUAUUGUUUUAUACCAAAUUCACACGAAAAUCUAUAUGUACUUAAAUAGGGACAGGACGGCGACUGUUAAAUAAAAGCGAUGUCGGCGCUGCGUCCUUUCGCAUAUAUUUUAAAUUACAUGCCACAUGAAAGCGUUGCACGUCGUAUGCAACAUCAUUGUUGAAAGUGACUAGGUGAGUGCGUUAUCCUCUUGCAUUGUGAUGCGAUUGCGGCGACGCGCAGUCGUGCGUCAACGCAACGCAAUGCAAUGCGCAAUGCAACGCACUAAUGUGACCCUUACACGACGUCCCGUCGCCGAUCCGUUCACCUCAUAUCUCUGUUCCGUAUGCAGUGACCUUUAUUUUGUUAACUGCAUUGUUAACUGUUUUAGUGUAUUUUUUAUUAAUGAUAUGGUCCGAUGGAACCAAGUCGAAGAUAUUCUAUAUCCUUCUAACUAUCUAUCUAAGUGUAUUAUGUAAAUACGUAAUUACUAAAUAUUAAAUUCAUUGAAGAAAUGAAAAAAAAAAUAUGUGAAUAAAAAUUUAAAAGAAGUAAUUAUUCAUUGUUUAUUUAAAAUUGUUAAUUUGUAUGUUAAAAUUGUUGUCCAUUUAAAUCGUGUCGAAUAUUUAGUAAGUUUCUAAGCUGCUAUUAUUUUAAUGUGAGCUUUUUUUGAAUUUAAGGGCUUUGGGGUAGUUACGAAAAUUGUAUUUUUUUUGGGGUUAUUACGAAAAUUUAAAUUAAUUACGAAAAAAAACCGUAAGUAGGCAAAUUUUGCUCAGGUCUAUGCAGGCUUGCACAAGGUUUUUAACUAGGGUAAGAAUUAAACUUAAAAUCGUCUAUCUGGCAUUAAUAAGUCACUGAAUACGUCUGUAGUUAGACAGGACAAUAAAAUUACAUGUUAAAUAAUUAUGAAACAGUUAAAUAUAAGCUGGUUAAAUUUUCGUAACUAACCCACAGCGCUUUAAUAAAUAAAGAACGGAAAAGUGCUAACACUUUUUCACAGCACUGUUAAUUAAUAUUUACACAGAUUUUCACAAAAAUAUACAUAGGUACUCGUAUUUAUUAGGUAACUACUGCUUUUCUUGCCUUGUUUUUACUCCAAAGUUCGUCUGCGACCACUUUAACGAUAAGGCCGUCUUUUUACGCUCAUUAAAAAAUAUUACCUAAUUAUUUUGUGAAAUUCCGUGAAUUUGUAAUUUUGCUGUAUCUAUAGCGAAUGUAAUCUUUGUGUAAAAAUAUUUUGUGUUCAAUUGUUAUGUCGAAUAUAUAUUUUAUAUUUAGCAUGAUAUUUGCUUGAAAUGACUUGCUAAAAAUAAAUUCAGGUUUAAUAAAUUUAUGAAAAAUUAUAUUUAUAACAGUCGCCUAGUAUGGAAUACGAAAUUUGGUGUUAAAAAGAAAUAUAAAUCAAUAAUGUUUCUAUGUUAUUGUCGAUUAAUAUGUUAAAAGUUACUACUGCCUGUACAGUUGUAGAUUGAGGGACUGUCAUAGCCAGAUCUUCUUCAUUUUGUAAAAGCUGAAUAUUUGCCAGCUAGACCUCCUACCAUAGAUAAAUACGGGAGGCAACUAUGGAGUUUAACCAUAGUGGCUUUAGGAGGUAGUCCUAAAGCCCUUUUAAAGUUAAAAUGGUUAUGGCUUGAAACCUGCUAAAAAAGAUCCGUGUAAGAAACGACCUUCACCCAUCUGUUUAAUACAUGAAAAGUGUUUUAUACCAAAAUUAGGAUGUCAAAAUAUGUUGCGAGUAGGUUUCCUAAAAAUCUCCUGGCCAGACUAUCAUUAAUGACAGAUAAGAACAGUUUGACCAGCAGAUUUUUAAGCAAUAUUUUUUUUAUUUUAAGACAAGUAAGCCCUUGACUUGACUGUUAUCUUACCUUAUGACGAUGCAGUCUUAAAUAUUGUAAGCGGGCUUAUUUGGAAGGUACGAGUUUAUUCUACUCAUACCUCUGACGGUUUCUACGUAUCGGAACGCUAAUUGCUGUGCUAUACGUCUUUGUCGGUAGGGUGGUAACUAGACACGGUAGAUUCAAAAUCCUAAACUGACCCAAGCUGCAAAUUGAACCAAGAACCUCUCUGUUGAGAUCCACAGCACUACUAAAUACGCCAGAGAGGUCGUCAAAAAACCUACGAAUACUCGCAAUAUAUUUUUUUACGUACUCGUACUAUACUCGAUAUCAAAGCACUUUAUCCAUUAAACAGAUGGGUGAAGGUCAUUUCUAAUUAUCAUCUUAGACUUUAAGUUUUCAGGGUUCAAGCUAAGUACAAAACGAAAGUUUAAUAUAUUUUCCCCAACAUAAAAUGGGCAUUCAAUUAUUCAUAUCCCCAGUCGUCAGUAAAUUAGAUUGAGGAAGGUCUGGCCACGGCAUGUUCUAGUUCAGUACAGUUACUGUGUACGUAGGCACGGAGAUAAUUAAAAAAUACGACAAUAAGACGUCCUUCGCUUUAAUUAGAUCAUAGAUCGUGUCUAUUACCUCUCUGUCCUCUAUAAAACCGGAGGAAUGACUAUAAAAUAUACAUCCACCAUUUAAAUAGAAUAUUUACACUUACAUCCCCAUAUCUUGUGAACUGAUUUUGAUGAAACUAGGAGUGGACGAUAUACAUCGAUGUUUUAAAAACACUCGAUGUAUUGUAUCGAUGCAUCGUAUUGAACCGAUGUAUUGUUAAUACUUCAACAUCGAAUACAUAUCGAUGUUUUUCAUUCGAUACAUCGAAUACGCAAAUGGGGAUCCACACUGCGUAUUUAUCCCGUCAGAUGGCGCAUCGUCGAUGGUUUGAGCAGCAUUUCACCCCAGCAUUGAAAAAAAGAAAGUGAGAAAGAGCUACAAAAAUUAUAACCUUUGUAUCAACAGUUCAUUCAAGUCUGUGCAAAAAACAUUAUAAAGACACGGAUUAUCACGGAAAAUCUGCUAUUAUAGGAUUGUAGAACUGCUUUUGUACGCUGCCUGUCUAACCUAAAACAAUCGAUGUUUAAGAAACAUCGAUGUAUUUCUCAAUACAUUGGAUUACCAUCGAUGUAACCAAACGAUGCAUUACAUCGAAAAAAACAUCGAUGUAUUUUUUUAAUGUCCAUCCCUAGAUGAAACACUAAGAAUCAUCGCUGGAAAACCAGCUUUCAAUAAAGAAACAUAACGAAAUAAGGUCACCAGUUUAAGGGGUUGAAAAUAUUCGACCGUUCAUCCCCACUUAUAUUCCCAUAUCUUGUGAAAGGUUGAACUGAUUUUGAUGAAACAUAUCUAAGAAUCAUUGCUGGAAAACCAACUUUCAAAUAAGUAGUGGUAUGAUGCCACAGGCGUGUUAACAAAUAGACACACAUAGCGGUCAAACUUAAGACACUUCUGUUUUUGUGUCUCGGUAUACUUAAUAGUCGAUGAUGGUAAUAAAAUUAAUAAUACUUACUUGUAGCCUUGCCAGGUCUCAUGCUAAACAUUGAGAGACACAAAUACAAAUAUUACUAUAAGUCAUUCCUUUGGUAGUUCCAAAUAAAAUAAAUAUAUCUAUUACUCAUAACUAAAACAUUAAAAAUUCGAGAUAAAGUUAUUAUAAAUGAAACUUCCUUCGUAUAUCUUGUUACAUAUCUAGAAGUUUGAUGUUUAUAUAUCGUCUAUCCCUUUACGAUGAAUGUAUCUACUACCUAUAUUAAUAGGUUUCCUCAAAAUCUUUUAUAUAUAACAUUAUUGUAAGGGUCUGUUCACAUAUUUAUCUACUAGAAAUAUUAGAACCCAAAGGCAUUACAGAAUUUCUAUAAAUACCGAAUGUCUUACUAUUUACUGUUUUUUUUUAUGAAAACGCAACGAACAAAAAUAAAGGCAACUAUUGAACUAUAUUUUCAAAAUAUCCAGGGUCCAAAUCAAACAUACAUGCAAAAUAUCAUCGGCUUGACAGAUUUAAAUAGUCUUUUGUAUAUUUGGUAGGUAGGUAAAGGUUUUAAAGUAUUUUUCACUCUCCUACCCUUAACCUCCAUUUUCUAAUCGUGAUUUUAGUAUUUUUGUAUGAAAGGAAUUUAUAUAUGUACUAAAAUGUUUUUCAGAUAGCAUGGGUAUGUAGACAGUUGCCGUAUGACGUUCAUAAUACGUACUGUAAUCGUAAAUUGCGGAAACUUAACUAUUAUUCUCAAAAUUAAUAAUAUUUAAUAUAUUAAGGUGAGAAUUUGGGGUUAUAUGAUUAGGUAGAUACAUAUUGUUAAUAUUAUUUUUAGUACAGUAUGUGAAUGGACCCGUUAAAAGGAUUUAUAUAAAUAUUACCCAACUAAAUAAAUCAAUUGUUAAAUGCUUUAAAUGUUGCCAUGAUAGUUAUUUACACAGAUGUGACAUUAACAUUGGUUUUAUAGACAUUUGGUGUUUCUGACUGUUGUACAAUCGCUUGGUUGAACGCAUUGAAGUUAAUAUUGCAAAAUAAAUGAAAUAAACAACUUUA